CCGGGCAGCAGUUAGUCUCACUGCUAUACCGGACGGGCUGGCCUCUUGGGCUUGCAGGCCUCCUGUUCCCAGCCUGCCGCCCUACCCCUCGGCGGGGCCUUCGGCGCAGCUAUGGUGGUGCUGCACGUGAAGAAAGGCGACGAGAGCCAGUUCUUGCUGCAGGCGCCCGGGAGCACUGAGCUGGAGGAGCUCACGGUUCAGGUGACCCGCGUCUACAAUGGGCGGCUGAAGGUGCAGCGGCUCUGCACAGAGAUGGAAGAGCUGGCAGAACACGGCGUGUUCCUCCCCCCUAAUAUGCAAGGGCUGACGGAGGAGCAGGUCCAGGAGCUGAAGCUGAAGGACGAGUGGGGAGAGAAGUGCGUGCCCAGCGGGGGCGCUGUCUCUAACAAGGACGACAUCGGGCGGAGGAACGGGCAAGCUCCAAAUGAGAAAAUGAAGCAGGUUUUAAAGAAGACGGUGGAAGAAGCCAAAGCCAUCGUGUCUAAGAAACAAGUGGAAGCUGGAGUCUUUGUUACCAUGGAGAUGGUGAAAGAUGCCCUGGACCAGCUUCGAGGUGCAGUGAUGAUCGUUUAUCCCAUGGGGCUGCCUCCAUAUGAUCCCAUCCGGAUGGAAUUUGAAAAUAAAGAAGAUCUGUCAGGAACUCAGGCUGCACUGGAAGUCAUUCCGGAGCCGGAAGCACAGCUGUGGUGGGCUGCCAAGGAGCUGAGGAGGACGAAGAAACUCUCCGACUAUGUGGGGAGAAACGAGAAGACCAAAAUCAUUGUCAAGAUCCAGCAGAGGGGCCAGGGUGCACCAGCCCGGGAGCCGAUCAUUAGCAGUGAGGAGCACAAGCAGCUAAUGUUGUUCUACCAUAGAAGACAGGAGGAGCUCAAGAAACUGGAAGAAAAUGAUGACGACUCCUGUUUGAACUCUCCGUGGGCCGACAACACGGCUCUGAAAAGACAUUUUCACGGGGUAAAAGACAUAAAGUGGCGACCCAGAUGAGGCCAUCAGAGCCACCAGCCCACCUUCCCGGGCAAAAUAAUUAUAAGUACUGUAAAAGGCAUAGACGUCUCUAUUUUCCAGUUUCCUUUAGUUUGUAUUUUUGAAAUAAGGCAUUCAUGGUUUUAGAACUUAAUAAAUACAUACUCAAGAGAAA